CAUGGCAAGAAUAACAUGGCGAGAUAUUAAUGAGAUGUUGUAUGUGUGCUUUAAACAUGAAUAGUCGGUUUGUAGUGAUGGAUAGCAAUGCUGACGGGGAUGUCGACUUAACUGUGCCAUCCCAAAGCACAGAUGUACGUUUAAUUUCCCAAAACAGUUUGAAAACGGGUAAAAACAAGCGAGGCUUUCGUAAAGUCGCCAAGGACACAGCGCCUCCAUCUGAACGUCCUGUGCGAAGAAUCAAACUAAACCGUCGCGUUUUCAACUCCGAAACGACAGCAAAACCAGGUGUUUUCACUGGUCUUAUGAAAAAUUUUGAAAACGAGGUUGAGGUUAAGAAAAACGACGUCAAAGACAAACUUGACGUACCUAAUGGGAUAAAUGUUGUCGUGGAUGAUUUUUCAAGCAAUGCACGGUCAGUGGAGAUUUGCGAGAGGCCAGACAACAAGCUGUCAAGUCCAUGUACAUAUCAAAAACUUCAAUCUGACAAAAGAACAUUCACGAAGCGUCUUGUCAUGACAUCCCCAUUAUUGCAACCGAGAAUCACAAUUAAAAACUAUCCACUUUAGAUUGUGGCCUAAAGUUCCAGAAUAAGAAGAAGAAAGGUAUCAGUCCCAUAAUAUUGAAUGGUGUAAAAGAAAAAAGUGACAUAAGUACUGCAUCGAAAGUUUUAACAACUCCAAAAGUUUCCUUAUCAAAAAAACGUCCUAUAAGUCCAGUCGAAGCUCCUCCAAAGCUCAAAUCACCUAAGAAGAAAAGAAAGGUUAGUCAUGUUAAUGCGCCAUCUACUCCAAAAAUGACAAAUGGUCAUAUUCAAUCAUUUAUCUCCGAUAAAAAACCACCUUCUCCUUGUGAACGUCCGCCAUCUCCUGCAUUAUCAUUGGGAGCUAUAACUGAUGAUGAUUUAGAUGAUGAAAUAAGCUCAUCCACUACUGAAAAUCUUGUUAUUGUUACAGAAUCAUCUAAACCAGUCCCCAUUCGGUCUAAUGGUAAAAUAAAUGCUCAGAGACAUCUUUCUGUAGGUAGUAAAACAGACUCUCUGUUAAAGGAUGAUACUCUUGAAAUUAUGCCUAAUGUAGACGAAGACGAUGAUCUAUUUACAUCAAAAUCUGAUAAGAAAUCCAGAGGGAAGCUAACGCGUUCUUUGUCUGAGGAUAGUAUUUUCGAUGAUAAUACCAACUCAAACAUUUCAGAAAGUCCUAAAUUCCCAACAUCUUUUCGUAUUCCUCGACAGAACAACUGCCAUCAACCAACAAAAAAUUCUUCUCAAUGCAACACAGACAAAACUAAACCCACAUCCCAUGAAAGUAAGGGAAAGAUCUCACCUAGAAUUCCUUAUGCGAACCUUCCGCCUAAACCAACUAGAUUUGUCAAUAACCUUUGCCAGACAUCAAAAUUGAGGAUAUCAUGGAAUAGCAUGAAGGAUGUAUGGUGUUGUUUUGAAAGGAGGGACUUUCCCGCCGGUUUAAAUAUCCUAAAAGAAAUAGAUAAAGAAAAAUUGUAUAUUGAAUAUCGUAUGUUGGAGGAAUCAUUGAAAGUUUUGAAAGAGAUGUGUAAUGUUGCGGCUGAUCCAAAUGCGGCGAAACUUGUGUUAAGUUUCUUCGAGGAGUUAAAACGGCGUAAUGCAAUCAAACCAACCACAUAUAUUAUCACUGUGCUAUCGCUUUGCUCCUGUAGCUGGUUUCAAGAAGGAUUCAAUAAACUAAAUGAAAUGUUAAACACCAUACCAUUUCGCAAUGAAAGAACUAUUUACCGUUUUGCUCAAGAUCUUCUUAAUUGUGUUGGCUCAAACCACAAGUGGGUGCUUGAGUUUGUACUUUGUGUCAAGCGUUUGAGAUUACCAAACCCAAAAAAUAUCCUCAACAGUGCCUUGUCUACCCUCUACUCGGCACCUCCUUGUAUUUUGAGCAGAGUCACACAACCUCAGUGGGAGUCCUUGUUAGACCUUAUGUCUGCACCCAUCAACAUUCAAGGAGUCAUCCAGCUUCAAAAUAUUUUGGAGAAAUACAUGAUUCCUAUGAGUGAUAGAUUCAUUGAUAAACUUGUCGUGUUUUAUGGUAAUUCAAACUGUGCAAAACAACUUCUGAUUUGAUUCACAGGAAGUCUAUUUCAUAUGACAUUUCCUCCUUAUUCAAAAAUGAUAACUUGAACAUCCGUGAGGUUGAGACUCAUAUAUUGCAACUGGUAAAUACGGGAUCUUUGCCCAAAGAUGAUGUUUUAGAACACUUUAUUAACAAGUCGGAAUCGUUGAAAGAAUUUUCUCACAUCUAUAAUGUCUUUACCAAAUGCGAAGCAGCUGGCAUAAAUCUCUCGGUUCCAAUUCUCAAGAAGAUGUGUGAAAUGUUGGAAAUGUGGCCGGAAAACACCAAUGCUUCCAUUGAAGUUUAUGGAGCAAGACGAAGAGCUGAGGUUGCAUUAAGAAAGGAACGGAAAUCCACAUCUCCUAAAUUACCUGUUGUUCGGAAACAAGUUUCCAUUUGCCAUCAAUACAAAAGUACUGGACGGUGCAAAUUUGGUAUAAAUUGCAAGUUCUCUCAUGUGUUGAACACUACACCACCAGAUGUUCAUCAUAAUGGUCUAACAAGUCCUGUAUUUUUUGAUGAAAAGAAAUUUUCAAACACAUGGAAAGACUCGAUGAUUCAUACGACUUCCAACACUUGUGCUCGUGCAACUUUGGUGAAUGGUACGAUGAAUGACUCGUUCCCAUCUUUUCAAAAUCCGUUACUUAUUAGACCGAUGUUUAACUUAAUCCCUAAUCCGCGACUUAGGAUUUCACCAACACCCGGUCAUCCUUAACUCAACCUUGCCCUCACGUCUGCCUCAUUGUGGCAGCGACCCUGGACCACCUCCAAGACAUCAUAUAGUCAUACCUCCUGUAUCUUCUACAAUCCCGUUGAUGUCGAAGACAAUUCCGCUUUCAAAGGUAGCCGACAACUCAAAAUUGAAACGAAGUUUUUCUUGGGAGUCCUCUGGUAACCACAGCAACACCUCUCCCGUUUCGAACCCCACCCUACCCGGGUCACGACAUCAAAGUCCUUGUAACGAUGGUAACAAUAACAAGACGUCAUUUGAAAAUCGUCAACUUAGUAUUUCUAAAGAUAUUGAAUCUAAAGACUGGAGUCAUCUCUAUCUUACCUAUGUUGAACUGAAGAUUCAGAACAAAGUCGUUCUAUCAAAUGCUUUACGGAUGUUUCGAAACUCACUUGUGAAAGAUUUGUCUGCAGCGAGCGGGAAUUUCAAAGACUUCGUCGGUUUUAUGCAGAAGGAACUCUGCUCUGUGAAAAGUUCUCAUUCAAAUUCUUCAUCUGAUAAAACAUUUGAUGAGUACGACGUUGAGUUCAUCGGCAUGCUGGGUGUUAGUCUUUUGGAAAAAUGUUCCGCGAGCAAAAGCUUCAAUGUUGGUUACGAAGUGUUACAUGUUUUACACACUUAUGAUAUCGUUUAUUUUAACUGUGGGAAGAAUUUCGGUUUGUAUAACCGCGACAUUUCGUCAUCAUCCGUUGCUCUUCUUGCUGUAAAGUUAUGUCUUAAAACAGAUCUGGGAAAUGGUUUGGCUAGUGCUUUCGAAGUGUUGCGCUCUAGUAAUUUUGCCACACCAGAAGAUGGGACAAAUCGUGAACACGUCGAAUAUAGAAUCAAGCUCCUACAACAGGUCUUUCAUCUUCUCCUUGAGAAAGGUAAUAUCUCCGAUGCCUGUCAGAUCAUAGAGCAUUUGAACGUAAACACCAGUUUAACGACUCGUCUUUAUUCGGACGUUGUCGACUGUUGUACUAAAGCUCAUAGGUAUGAUGAAGCGUUUAAGGUUGUGAAAGAUAUGGAGAGUCGCAGUCUUGAUCUCAACUGCCAAUCUUGUCAGAGUUUAUACCAGAAGUUUUUAACGAAAUGUUUGUCAGAAGAGAAAGAUGAAGACGCGAUUGCUGCCUUAGAGGAAAUGGAGUCACGAUCAAUCAUGUUAAAUGCUCUUUCUUGGCAAAAAAUCAUGAAACACGCUGAACCAAACACAAACGAAUUCUUGAUUAACAUGUUGUUUGAACGCUGUAAAAGUCUUGCUGUGUAUACAUCAACAUUCUCUGACGAAUCUCCGUGGCUCUGUCAACUUGGUUGUGGUUACACGUUGAUAGAAGUAAAAUUAAUCAUUAUGGAGCAUCUAAAACAGUUACAACAUUUCUUGCAACGUGACGCACAAGCUAUCAUCCCGUUUUCACAUAUUAAAGACUUCGAAAUCAUACUCUCUCCCAGUCUUUCGGAAGGUGGUCGAACCGGAGCAUUUGCUCAGGGGCGCCAACCAGAAUAUUGAAGAAAGUACCCAGAUUUUGAAGAGAGUUCUAGAGGAAGAACUCAAUCCAUCAUUGAAAAUAACUUCACACGAGAAAGCGAAUUUCCAGAGUAAAUUUGUGGUCGAGGGACUGUCUUUUUAUCAAUGGUGUCGUUGUAAUGUUGAUGGAACACAAAAAUGUAAAGGUGAAAAUAAAGAUGAAGAGGAUUUUGAUGACGAUUCGUCAUCCAUUGGAUCAAUCAAGAGCGCGAUUACUGACUUUGAUUUAAGUCUUUCAAAUUAGAGAGAAAUCAUUAGCUGGUCGAACAAGUUGACGAUGGUGAGGCGCGACAUGAAAAGUUUGUCUAUUUAUCUUUAUAAGUAUUGUAAAGGUAUUUUUAUACGUUGGUUAACAUGUGUUCCCAAUUUUUCAUACACGGUUUGAUUUUAAUUCAGCGAGUGUUCAUCGAGAAAAAAUGAACCUUUAACAUUUGUUAUUCUGUUGUUCAAUAUUUGAAAAUCCUUCUAACCUCUAAGGACAAAAAGAUUUUCUAUUAAACAACAGUCUAUUACUAAACAGCGAGCGUAACAUAGUGGUUUGUUACAUAUCAUAGGUAUGUGGCUAUCACAACUAACAAAGCUUGGGUUGGUCUAAGAAAUAUUUUGUAUAAUAUAUAUGAGUGCUUUAUUGUGAAUAUUUGAUAGUUACGUUAUAAAAGACUUGUGUUGAAGCGCAUGGAGAUAUUGUAAUUUUUUGUAAUAAUAUUUUUGCAGACGUGAAGUUUGCUCAAACUGCA